UAAGCCUUUACAAAAAAUUAAUAAACAUGUCAAUCUUUAAAAUAUUUGCCACUCUUCGGGAAAAGCACCGAAUAAAAAAAAGAUGGAAAGUAUUUUGAAGGAUUUGUAGCUCUAAGUGGACUGCAGUCUUUAUGAUAGAAACUGAGGUUAGCACGUGUACCGCUAGUCGCUACCGCAGUAUACACUAUACCGCUUGAUCAUUGAUGUGUGGCGAGUGUUUUGACAGCGUCAUUUAAUUUGAACGUUUAAUCGAAAUUCCUUCGCGAAUGUCGGACGUCGUUGUACUGAGCGAUUCGGACGAAUCCGUCUUCGUCUUGCCUGUCGACAAACGCAACGAAAAUGGAUCAGAGAUUGAAAGGACAUAUGACUCUGACACUGCCAUUGACUUCAAUUUUCCAGAGGUGCCGUUUUGUUAUGAUGCCGCGGAAGACUUGCCAUCGCAAAAUAAAGAAAAUUUUUCUACUUUAAACGACGAUAAUGGUUUCAUGUUCAACGCUCAUCGAUCAUCGCACACCAUGUCCAAUUCUUGCGAAUCGGAAGAGGAUCAAGUUAAAAAGAGCUCUCAGACUCGAAUGGUAUCUAAAAGGGAUAAGGCAACGUUGAAGAAAGAACGCCAGCAAGCUCUGGCGCGAGGUAAGGCGUUAAAAGCAAUAGCGCUGAAAAGAUCUAAAGACAUGAAGCCUGGGGAAUGUCUCAAGUUCAUAGAAGUUAAUCUUGACCAAGGUAUCGAUGCGUUCACUUUUCAAGAAGAAGUAAAAAAUACAUUACGAAACGCUAAUAUCAAGUUUAACAUGACCGAAGAAUUGAUUCCGAAUAGCAUUACGUGGCAAAGGAACAUAGAGGAGAACUAUAUUGGCGAAGACAAUGAGAUAUGCACAAAGAAAAAUGUACAAAUGCAGGAAUACGUUAUUGUGGUUUGGAGCAUUCAUGAGGCAGUGACACAUGUAGCAGAAAAUACUUUCUGCUCAUCUAUCUCAAACAUGAAGGCUCUGAUGUCAAACUACAAAAUAGUUCUGGUUAUCUUUGGCAUGGAGGAGUAUUUUGCGUAUCUGAAGAAACGGAAAUCGAAUAAAAGUCCAGGAAGUAAAGGAACGAGAUGUAAAGGUAAUCAGCAGUUCGACACUUUCCCGAUUAUAUCAAAGCAGCAGCUCGAUACGUGUCUAACCAAAGUUCAGAUAGUAGCCCAGUGCAGCAACAGAUUGAUCGAGAACGCACAGGAUUUAAGUUUAAUGAUAUAUCAAUAUACAAAGUCCAUUUCGGAGAUACCAUAUAAAUUACAGAAGAGCGAAAAUCAGAAAGAUAAAUUUGACUGGUACAUUAUGGGAGACAAUAAGAACACUGUGUGUGUUGACAAGGAUGGAAAUGGAUUGAAAAGGUUGUGGCAGCAGCAGUUGUGCCAGUUUAACUUGAGCAGUUUGGAAACGGCAGAAGCAAUAUGUACAGUUUAUUCUAGUCCAGCACAGCUUAUUGAUGCUUACAAAAGUUGUACACCUGACAAAGGCAUGAAUCUAUUGAAAGAUAUACCAAUUAGGAGAGCAGCCGGCCCUCUCACGGCUGUACGUAAAGUCGGUCCGGAACUGAGCAAAAAGAUAUAUACGAUGUUUACAUCGCAAAACGGGGACACUCUACUAGGAACUGAGGAAUGAAUAAUUGUCUCCCCUAUAUGGAAGAAAAUUUAUUAGGCAUUUGAAUAAAUAAAUAAUAAAUAUUUUUGGUA